AUGCGCACUCUUAAAUGUGUUGCUGUUGGUGAUGGGGCUGUGGGAAAAACAUGUCUGCUAAUCGUUUACAGUACUGCCUCUUUUCCUGGAGAGUAUGUCCCUACCAUUUUUGACAAUUACACGGUUAAUGUCGUUGUUGACGGAGAACCGAUUAAUCUAGGACUUUGGGACACUGCUGGGCAGGAAGAUUACGACAGAUUGAGGCCGCUAAGCUAUCCUGAUACUGAUGUAUUUUUGAUAUGUUAUUCCAUUGGAGCACCUGCAUCUCUUGCAAAUGUCGAAGAAUGCUGGAACAUGGAGGUGAGUCAUCAUCGCCCUUCAUCUCCUAAAAUCCUCGUUGGUACAAAAUGUGACCUCCGUGAUGAUCCAGGCUACACUGGCCCCACUGUUGCAACAGAGGAAGGAGCAAAAGUAAAGAAGAGAAUCAAGGCUGUAGAUCAUAUUGAAUGUUCUGCUUUAACUGGCGAAAAUUUGAAAACAGUUUUUGAUCGAGCAAUAAAAUCAGUGCUGAAUCCAACGACAGAAAAAAAGACCACACAAAAGUGCACCUUAUUAUGAGUUAAAAAGAGGACCAACUUUUUAGUACAGUAUAGUAGGGUUGUCAGCAUUAGGCAUGAUAUUGAUCUUGGGAUUAUUAAUGUUAUUGAUUGUUGAAUGUUUUAAGGAUAUCUCUUUUCUGAAUUUUAUUUUAUUUUUCAUCUUAAGAAAACGUAAAUCUGAUCAAACCAGAGAAGAGAAGCAAUAUGUAAUUUGUUUCCCACUUUGUAAUCCGUUUGUUUAUUCAGUCAGAAAUUUUCAAUUAUUAUUUGUAAUUCAAUUUUAAAGAUUUUAGUUUUCAGUGUUUAUAGUAAUGUUGUUAUAAUAUUGUUUGUAGCUUUCAAAUUAUUAUAUUAGUGUUUUGAUGACUUGAAUUUAAAGCUUUCCUUGGUGUUAUAACAUCCUGCCAUUU